AUGGAAACUCAGACAUUACCCCAUCUCCUGCCUGUAGAGAUUAUAACAGCCAUCGUCCGAUCCCUCAACUACGACUUCAAUACAUUGGCUGCAGUCGCGCUUGUGAACAAGGCAUUCUGCGAGGAAGCGAGGCGACUCUUGUACAGAACCGUUGGAUACCCUUCAGUGACCAAUGUUAGAGCGCACUCAUUCGCUCUCACAAUAAACCCUGGUCUUGCAACAUAUGUCCAUACACAUAUCGUCGAAGACAACCCUUUUGGUUACACAGCGGAAUGCUCUCCAAGUUGCUCCGCACUAUGCCCGGGUCCGGCUUUGGAUGCCAUGGUCAACCUCAAGAGUCUCACACUCGACAUAAUCAGCAGGAGACUACCGGAUAACAUUCUACAGGGCAGUCGCUUCCAGCUAACGACCUUCAGCUGGUUCCAGUGUCGAUGGAAUUCGGAGACCCUACAACAAUUCUUGAAAAACCAGACAAAGAUCCGAAAGCUUGAAAUUGGUCUACACCAGGAGGAAGGGAGUGGCGCUCUCCUCCUGCCCAUUUGUGAAGAUCUCCAGUUUCUCCGAGGGACUACGAAUGUUGUCAAGGCCGCUCUUCCCGGAAGCCGAGUGACCAUCCUCAUCUGGGUGCCAUGGGAAGAAUACAACGACCAGCUCGAUUUAAAUCCCAUGUCAGACGAGCUUAGCAGAAUCAAAGCAAUAUCGUUUCUCUCCACACGGGAUCCGAAUUAUCUCUCUGCUAUAGCCACAUUUUUCUUCAAGACUCUUGAAUACUUGGAAAUCUUCGAGGUAUGA